AUGUGGAAUAAUGCAGUCUCACUUAACGACAGGGAAUAUAAGCGGCUCAAAUUAAAGGCGGGAGAACUUAAUUCGCCUUAUACGUACGCCACAACAAAAUCGCGGAUUAAUGAUCAUCAAACGGGCAUAAAAGAAAUUGAUAAUAGUGCAAACGUGCAACCGUCGUCCAUUUAUGAAUCUAAAAGUCGAAGACAACUUGAUAUGACGAGUCAAGAAGUGGAAUUUCUUACUCCUGUGCAAAGAUUGUUUAGGAAGCGGGAUGCUGAUAUAAAAAAUACACGCGAUAAUGUUCAAGAAAAAAAGGCUGAACUGCAGUGUUUAGAUGAUGCGAUAGCUCGAGCGAAGCGGCAAAAUUGUGGCAAUAGAAUGAUGUGCGGAAACUGUCAUUUGCGUACAGGACAUACAAGGAGAAACUGCACAUUCGACAGUUGCAAUUCAGCGAGAUCCUGUGGUGAUAUAGACAAACACUGUGACGAAAAAGCAAGGCUUGAAACGCAUUUGAAAAGUACUAUUGACGUGCAGCAUUCUUCCAAAAAGACUCAUGAGAAAUUGGAGGAAUCUUUCGCAGCAAGAAUCGAACAGGAUAUAAUAGAUACAAAUCCUAAUUUAUACAUUCAAAACGGUAUAAAGAACUGGUCAUUGAUUCACAAGCACGUUGCUGUACUGGAAAACUUAUGCCAGGGAAAGUUGCCACGUCGAAACGAAAUACCUCAACUACUAAAGACGGGGCUAAAUAAAUGUACAAAAAAUCUUGAAAAAAGAUCGAUUCACGACAAUCCACGCAAGGAAAUCCUUAUCGACCAUGGUAUAAAAUUUCCUAAGAGAUCAAAAUUGACAGACGGUUCUUCACCGAGUUCAUUUAGUAGCAAACAAGAGCAGGAAGAUUUUGUGCUCGCUAUUGAGCUGCAAAAUGCUUUGAACCAAUCUAGCAAAAUAGAAGAAACAAAUCCAGUCACGACCCAGCCUGCAGCUACGCAGCAUUUAUUCCCUAGCGUCAAUCAGCAGAUUCACGUGUUAGUGCCUUGUGAUGGUACGAAGCAACUUUCAAAUUGGAAUCAAGAAAAUUUUGAUUCUGCAAUAAACAAUCAUACUAUUACUACAGCCGCAGGUAUCAUAAACCACGAGAACAGGGGAACUAUAAAUAUGAGGCAAACUGCUCAUGUAACUCCAAUUUCUAGUAAUAGAACUUAUCCACCUCUAGCACCCGCGGCUAAUUGUCUUGAUAUUUUAGCUCAUGCCGCCCUUUCGGAGACAAUUUCGCCCGGUUGUGAGGAAGACGAAUAUUACAGUGAUGCAUGA